AUGGCGGCGGCGGGAGCCGAGGCGGCUGCGGUGGCGGCGGAGGAGGAGAAGCGGCUCCCGGAGGGCGACCCCGAGUCGGGGGGCGACUCGGAAGAUGAGGGCGACUCGGACUCGUCUGGCGACGGUGAAGAUGAGGAGAAAGAGAAUGAGGCCGAGAUCCAGCGGCUGGAGGAGCAGCUUUCCAUCAAUGCUUUUGACUAUAACUGUCACUUGGAUCUGAUAAAGCUGCUGCGCCAGGAGGGAGAGUUGGUAAAGCUCAGAAGAGCUCGUCAGAAGAUGAGUGAACUCUUUCCACUUACCGAAGAAAUUUGGCUGGACUGGUUGAAGGAUGAGAUAAAAAUGGCUUCUGAAAGCUCUGAGCGAGAGAAGGUUUAUGAGCUGUUUGAGAGAGCUGUGAAAGACUACAUCUGUCCUGAAAUUUGGUUGGAGUAUGCCCAGUAUUCAAUUGGUGGCAUUGGUCAGGAAGGAGGAAUUGAGAAAGUUCGCUCAAUAUUUGAGAGAGCGUUAACUGCGGUUGGACUGCAUGUGACAAAAGGAACAGCUUUAUGGGAAGCAUACCGCGAGUUUGAGAAUGCCAUACUGGAAACGGCACAGCCAGCUCCUGGCAGCGUUCCAUCGCCUGAGCAGCAGCAGAUGCUCUGUAGCCAGCUUGAGAAGAUCCACAUGCUGUUCAGGCGCCAGCUGGGGAUCCCGCUGUUAGAUAUGGAGGCUUCAUAUGCUGAAUAUGAGGAAUGGUCAGAAGAUCCGAUACCAGAAACAAUAAUAAAGAAUUACAAAAAAGCUCUACAGCAAUUGGAGAAGUGUAAACCAUAUGAAGAGGCACUGCUGGGUGCUGAAACACCAAAGCUAGCAGAAUAUCAAGCUUACAUUGAUUUUGAAAUGAAAGCAGGUGAUCCAGCUCGCAUUCAGUUGAUCUACGAGAGGGCUUUGGCUGAGAACUGCCUUGUGCCAGAUCUUUGGGCACGCUACAAUCAGUAUUUGGACCGGCAGCUGAAAGUGAAAGAGUUGGUCUUGUCUGCUCAUGACCGCGCUGUUAGGAACUGUCCCUGGACGGUUGGGCUGUGGAUUCGAUACCUUUUGGCAAUGGAGAGGCAUAGAGUUGAUCACGGCAUUAUUUCCGAAAUGUUUGAAAAAGCUCUGAAUGCAGGUUUUAUUCAGGCAACGGACUACGUAGAAAUCUGGCAGGCAUAUCUUGAUUACCUGAGAAGAAGGGUGGAUUUUACACAAGACUCGAGUAAAGAACUGGAAGAGCUGCGGUCUGCAUUUGCACGUGCUGUGGAGUAUUUGAAACAAGAAGUAGAAGAGCGAUUCAGUGAAAGUGGAGAUCCAUCCUGCACCAUCAUGCAGAACUGGGCAAGAGUUGAGGCCCGCUUAUGUAACAACAUGCAGAAAGCCAGAGAACUCUGGGACAACAUUAUGACUAAAGGAAAUGCCAAAUACGCUAACAUGUGGCUGGAGUAUUAUAACCUAGAAAGAGCUCACGGUGAUACCCAGCACUGCAGGAAGGCCUUGCAUCGAGCUGUGCAGUGCACAAGUGACUAUCCGGAGCACGUCUGUGAGGUGCUGCUCACGCUGGAGAGAAUAGAAGGAACACUGGAAGACUGGGAUGCAGCUGUUCAAAAAACAGAAAACAGAUUAGCUCGCGUUAAUGAACAAAGAGCAAAGGCUGCUGAGAAAGAAGCUGCUCUGGCAAAGCAAGAGGAGGAGAAGGCUGAACAACGAAAGCAGGCUCGGGCAGAAAAGAAAGCUUCCAAAAAGGCUAAAAAAACCAGGAUUGGAGACAAGCGCAAAGCAGAUGAUGAUGAUGAGGGUGAAUGGGGACAAGAAGAAGAAGAAGAGCAGCCCAGCAAGAGACACAAGGGAGAUGGUGAUGGUGUACUUCUUGAAGAAGACAUGGAGGUAGAAACUGGGCUAUUUGGAAGAAGUGGACCUGAAAAGCCGGAUCGCCCAGCAAACCAAAAGGAAAAGGCAUCUACCAGUCGAAAAGACAUCCCCAAAGUUUUACAUGACAGCAGUAAAGAUAAGGUCACUGUCUUUGUCAGCAACCUUUCCUACAACAUGGCAGAUCCUGAAGUGAAACUGAAAGAGCUCUUUGAGAGCUGUGGGGAGGUAGCAGAAAUCCGUCCAGUAUUCAGCAACAAGGGGACUUUCCGGGGCUACUGCUACGUAGAAUUCAAGGAAGAAAAAUCCGCUCUCCAAGCUCUUGGCUUGGAUCGUAAAGUUGUGGAGGGAAGACCAAUGUUUGUUUCUCCGUGUGUUGACAAGAACAAGAAUCCAGACUUUAAGGUGUUCAGGUAUAGCACUACACUGGAGAAACAUAAAUUGUUUAUAUCUGGUUUGCCAUUUUCCUGCACUAAGGAAGAGCUGGAAGAUGUGUGUAAAGCACAUGGGAAUGUGAAAGACAUUCGGCUGGUCACCAACCGAGCUGGAAAACCCAAGGGCCUGGCCUAUGUGGAAUAUGAAAAUGAAGCUCAGGCCUCGCAGGCUGUGCUGAAAAUGGAUGGCCUGACAGUUAAGGAACAUGUCAUCAAGGUGGCGAUCAGUAACCCACCUAUCCGAAAGCUGCCAGACAAGCCAGAGGCAGGCAGAGCCUCGCAAUUUGCAGUACCACGACAGGUUUAUGGAGCGCGAGGGAAGGGAAGGACACAGCUUUCAAUGAUGCCUCGUGCGUUACAGCGCCAGAGUAAUCCUGUGGCUAAGGCUGAGAAUGGGAUGGUCCAGAACUCACCAGCAACUUCAUCCGAACCCCCUGAGGAGCCUAAAAAGAUGUCCAAUGCUGAUUUUGCCAAGAUGCUUCUGAAAAAGUGAGCAAAAAGUCUGCAAUCAGCGGGUCUGGUAAAAUGUGAAAUGCCUUUAUGGAAGCCAUGUUGUGUCCUUAUGCUAGCAAGGAGAGAACGCCAGUCACAAUCACGUGUAAAUACUGUUCUGGACUACUGCAUUCAUCGAGAUCAGUAUAGGUUGGUACAAAUCCAGUUUUUUCCUCUAAGAGCAAAGAGUUAUACUCUGUUCUGGUAAAAUGGCGUUAUAUGAUUCCUCAUAUUGAGGGUAACGAGGGGGGAAAUAUUUCCUGUACAGGUUGGGUGCCACAUCAAGUUUUACGAAUACUUUACAAAUAUUUCUCUUUCAUUAACGAAUGAGAUGCAAUGUGAAAGCCUGGCGCUAAACUUGUCAGGUUCCACUGGCCAGUUCAGAUUGUGAUUGCAGUCAUUCUCUCUGACAACGAACCCAUUUUACACCCAAACACACACACACACACACAGGGACAGUCAUCUCCUUCCAUUAAGAGUUAAACGGCAGAUGCUAGUAACUUCACCACAAUGGCCUAUUUUAGUAUUGGGAGAGUUUCUAUACGUAUGUGUGUAUAUGUAUAUACACAAAUACACAUAUAUAUGUAUUCAGUUAAUGUUCUGUUCAAGCUGACCUGUUUUUUAUAUUGUGUAUUUGUAAAAGGCAUUCGAAUUAUUAUUUUUAAGUGUCAUGAGAUAAUACUUAGAUCUGGUAAUUUUUGUUUCCCAUAAGCUGUACAUGCUGUUGCUGAGGACCAUUUUUUUUGGUUGUUUUUGCUAGCUAGCUCAUGCGUCUUUUGCAGGUGGUUUCUGUAUGGUUUUGUACAAAUGUGAAGUGCAAGCUGACGUUUCUUAGUUUAUUAAACUCAAGUUCUCAAAGGUUUUCUAUAAAUACUGUUGCUUUUGUUUAAAUGUGGGUGUUGGAAUUGCACUUAUCCUAUGGCAGCUGGGUAAUACUGAUGCACCUCGCCUCUCCUGUGCACUGAGAUACAGUGUCACUUACGUACCUUUUAAGUAGCUCAUUCCAUCUGGUAUUAAUAUCCUGAAACCACUUCAGUAAUCACCUCGGACUUUAAAAUAAUCUUGUACAUGAUCUUGGACAGGAAUAUUAACUGCUUCUAACUUUGGAAGUCAACAGCCACAGGGGUUGAAUGUGAGGGGGGACCCUGGUACCAAGUUCACUUGUACAACACAAGCACUGCUGCAAAUAAACACU